AUGGUUGGUCCAAGGAUUAGGAAGAUAUUAGAGAAGGUGGCAGAAAGGAGCAGCUGUUAUAGAGUUUAUCACUCUGGUGAAUUUGAGUUCCAAAUAACUGGAGGGGGAGAAAAGAGCAGCAAGCAUGCAGUGGACCUAAGGCUUCACAUUUGCACAUGUAGGAGGUGGCAGAUAAGUGGAAUACCUUGUGUCCAUGCCAUUUGUGCCAUCAGAAGCAAAAAGGCAGACCUUGCUCUUUUUUGUGAUGAUUACUUGAUGCCAAGUACUUAUAUGGAAUCCUAUAAUCCCAUUAUUCAUCCUAUUGCUAGUGAGGAUGAUUGGGACCAAGUGGACUACCCUAUAGCACCUCCCCCAUAUAAGAAGCAAGCCGGCAGACCAAAAAUGAAGAGAACCAAGCAGUCUGAUGAGAAGAAGCAGCCUCCACCAGCCCCAAUUGAUAAAUCAAAGAUGCCAAGAACCUACACAACGACAUGCCAAGUCUGCUUCAAACAAGGCCAUAACAGGUUGGGUUGCCCAAUCACAAAGGCCAAAAAAGUAACUGCUGCACAACAAGGAGUAAGUCACUACAGUACUUGGUUUGUUUUUGGUCUUAAGUGUGCAAAGAGAGUUUCAAAAAGUUAA